CACAUCUAGUCGGCCCGUGGCAAACCAACGGACGGACGUAUUACCCGCGAGAUCACAGAACAAGUCUUAAACCCGCCACCAAAACAACUCCGUCAAGCACAUCUAUCAUGUGUUCAAUAUUUAUUCUAAGCCCGUGUGUGCAAUUGUCCAUGGAAAAAUUAAUAUAAAAAUGCGUAACCGAGUGUAAAGAAUAGCUGGCAAUCUAUACAAGUCAAAACUCCCUCGAACUUUGACCUGCAGUCGUCAGCGAGCUGAGCGAUUAUCGCACGCCACGCAACAUUCGACGAGUAAAAUCGUGAAAAUAUAGGCACUCCUAUGACGACAAUUAUCAAUUAAAAAAUCGCGAUACGACACCAGCGAAUAAUUGAACGCACAAAGCCAAAAUUUUCAUUUGAACAUCAAAUCAAAACUUAUAGAACAAAAUAAAAGCGUAAUAUUUAUUAUAAUGUAAUGACAUUGAAAUAAUUAGCUGAUCAAUUAGUUUUUCAAUACAAAAAACGUGAAAAGUUCUUGUGAAUUCGAAACAAACAAUCGAGACAUGUGAAUUCAACUCAAAACCGCGAAAAUAGUCAAGUGUCAGUUGACUUUUGAAUUUAUAUCGAUAGUAAGAGCUCCGAAAAAUUUUGUGAGUGGAAUAAAAAUUGAGACAGAAGUUUUGAGGAAAGUGGAAAUAGUAAGAGAAGGGAAUUUAGGGCCGGAGGAAGUCAAAUCGAAUUACAAGAUUUGAUUUUUAGUUUCACUGAGUGGUGAAGCGUUAUUUUUUCCGCGGAGGGGUUGGUUGGUUUGUUAUGACUCAGUGGAGAGGGAGUCUAGUGCCUGUUGAUUUGGUUGAAAAGCUCAGCAGAGAUGAGGCUGGAUUCGGUGCUCUUUACUGUUGUUUCCAUUUUCUUUGUGGAAAGAGUCACGUGUCGAGGUUUACUCGGGAAUAAUGAGACAAUUAUCGAGGUGGGGAGAAAGAGAUUUACUAUUGAGGAGUUAGUUAAUGGACAGUUUCCACAUUCUAUUACCGGAGAUCUGGAUCUGGAUGUCUGUAAAGCAGGUGGAUUUUUAGGGGAUAUUGCUCUGCCAAAUGUUCAAUACGAGACGGAAUGGCGUCAGCAAAAAUUGAACAAGAGUUAUUUAGAAGAGCUCGAAAAAUACAGAGAUGAAGUGCUUAAAGAGGGUUUGCAGGUCGAAGAAGAAGGUUUAACAGAAAUUCUCCAGUUUAAACAUGGCCAGGGUAACGAGGAAUCGGGUCAGGACGAGUUUUCAUCAUUGGACAAGCCAGUGGUAGUGGUGGAGGACAGAAAUCAGUACAACAUGGGCGCUGAGCCAACAAAAUCUGGGGUCAGAGAGGCGAAACAUCCGGAGAUCAAGGACGAUGACAUUGAAUUUAGACUGGAAGAGACGACGAACAGUCCUGAUAAAUCUCGUCUAACUAACUUCAUAAGCACUGCAAAACCUGGCUGGCAACCACCGAGAAUCCAGGACUCAACAAGAAUCCCCAGGACCAGACACUCGCAUCACAGCCGUAGUGAAUUGACAACAAAAGAUCCGACGGAUUCACUUGUCGAUAGAGCUACGAUUGACGUUACCUCGAGAAAACGUCAGCGUCGACAUCAUCGCAGAAGACUGACAAGAAGACGCCCCCAUCAACGUCGCCUGAAAUCCCCGUUCCCCGGAGGCGCAGCACCGCAAAAUGCAGACUCUGACAUAGUUUCGCAGCACGAUCGUCGUUUACGUGACAUUGAAUUCUACAAUGAGCACAAGUCGAAGUUGGAGACGCACCAGAGGCAUGGGGCUACUCGGAGUGCAGCCCCGAGUCGAAGAAGAAGAGCGGCGACAGCGAGGAAGGAAAGAGUUUGGGAUCAUGGAGUCAUUCCUUACGAAAUUGAUGGAAAUUUUUCAGGAGCCCACAAGGCAUUGUUCAAACAGGCCAUGAGGCACUGGGAGAACUUUACUUGCGUUAAAUUUGUGGAGAGAGUUAGCAGAGAACAUCCCAAUUAUAUUGUGUUCACUGAACGACCGUGCGGUUGCUGUUCAUUCGUUGGAAAGCGUGGUAACGGUCCCCAGGCGAUCAGCAUCGGCAAGAAUUGCGAUAAAUUCGGCAUAGUUGUCCACGAAUUAGGUCACGUCGUGGGUUUCUGGCACGAACACACUCGUCCUGACCGCGAUCGUCACGUCCAAAUAAUCCGUGACAACAUUAUGACUGGUCAGGAAUAUAAUUUCAAUAAAUUAACAAACGAGGAGGUGGAUUCGCUUGGUCUACCUUACGACUACGACUCGAUAAUGCAUUACGCCAAAAACACAUUCUCAAAGGGUACUUACCUAGACACCAUUCUCCCCAUGGAGAAUAUCGGCAAAAAGAGGCCAGAGAUUGGACAAAGGAUUCGUCUCAGUGAGGGUGACAUUGCCCAGACCAACCUGCUGUACAAGUGCCACAAGUGCGGGAGAACUUUCCAAGAGAACAGUGGUAGUUUUGGCUCACCAACGCAUCCCAACAGCUCCCCACCAAUGGAUGAUGAGCGAUGCGAAUGGCGGAUUACCGCCACUCAUGGAGAGCGGAUUGUGUUGAAUAUCACAUCGUUGGAUAUAUUCAAAAGUGACUACUGCAAGGUCGAUUAUAUCGAGAUUAGGGAUGGGUAUUGGUACAAGAGUCCAGUAUUAGGUCGUUUCUGUGGAAGUGGAAAAAUUCACGAGCCCAUAGUGUCAACAGGAAGUCGGAUGUUGGUAACAUACGUUAAGACAAGUCAGGAACGCGGUUAUCGUGGUUUUAUGGCAAAUUACGAGGCUGUGUGUGGUGGAGACGUUGAGUUAGAUGGCAUUGGCCAUCUGGAAUCUCCCAACUAUCCCGAGGAGUAUCAAUCAAGCAAGGAGUGUGUCUGGCGACUGACAGUACCCGACGAGUAUCAGGUGGCACUGAAGUUCCAAUCAUUUGAAAUUGAAAACCAUGACAAUUGUGUUUAUGACUAUGUCGAAGUCCGGGAUGGACACAAUUUCGAUUCACCAUUGAUUGGCCUUUACUGUGGGUACAAAGCUCCACCGGAUUUACGAUCUACGGGGAACAAACUUUUCGUUAAGUUUGUUAGUGAUGGGUCGGUGCAGAAGGCUGGAUUCUCUGCCACUGUUAUGAAAGAAUAUGAUGAGUGUGCUUUAACUGACCAUGGCUGUGAGCACGAUUGCAUAAAUACCUUGGGCGGUUACGAAUGUUCAUGUAAAAUUGGAUAUGAGUUGCACUCCGAUGGAAAGCACUGCGAAGAUGCCUGUGGAGGGCUUUUCGAUGCCAGCAACGGCACAAUCACUAGUCCUUCGUUCCCAGAAACAUAUCCGGGAAAUAAAAAUUGCAUCUGGGAAAUAGUGGCACCACCGCAGUAUCGAAUUACCCUGAAUUUCACCCAUUUCGAUCUUGAGGGAAAUAAAGUUUAUCAUCAGGAAUGUGAAUAUGAUUCAGUAGAAGUUUUCAGCAAAUUAGGAGACGACAUUUUAAAAAAACAUGGAGUUUUUUGUGGAUCGAAGAUACCUAUGCCGGUUAUUUCGGAGGGAAAUGCCAUGAGGAUUGUUUUCACUUCUGAUAAAAACAUCCAGAAAUCGGGAUUUGCAGCUGUAUUCUUCACCGACAUGGACGAAUGUGCAAUAAACAAUGGCGGCUGUCAACAUGAGUGUCACAACACGAUUGGUUCCUACGAAUGCUCCUGUCACAAUGGGUUCAAGCUCCACGAGAACGGUCACGAUUGCAAGGAGGGCGGCUGUAAGUACGAGAUAACGAGUCCAGUUGGAACUAUAACAUCACCAAAUUAUCCAGAAUACUAUCCAGCACGUAAGGACUGCGUUUGGCAUUUCACGACGACCCCGGGACACCGUAUAAAGCUCAUUUUCAAAGUAUUCGACAUGGAGCCCCAUCAAGAGUGCGCUUACGACCACAUCGCCAUUUACGAUGGGGAUUCACCAGACAGUCACACGCUCGGAAGAUUCUGCGGCACUAAAGAGCCUCAUCCAAUGAUUGCCACUGGAAAUCAAAUGUUUAUGGUCUUCAAGAGUGAUGCAUCUGUACAGAAAAAAGGAUUCUUAGCCACUCACACAACUGCUUGCGGAGGACACUUGAUGGCUGGAGACACGCCAAAACACAUUUACUCCCAUGCGAGAUAUGGCAGUCAUAAUUACGACCAUCGAACUGAUUGUGAUUGGACUAUUGAAGCUCCUCUUGGCAAAAAUGUGCAUUUGACAUUCCUGUCUUUUCAACUAGAGCAUGAGGAGGAUUGUACUUAUGAUUUCGUGGAGGUUUAUUCGGGGCUGGAUGCCUCUAGCCCAAGUUACGGAAAAUUCUGCGACUCGAAUAUCACAGAUAUCGUAUCAAUGAACGAAGCUCUCCUGAUUCGCUUUCGAACAGACGACACCGUAUCAAACAAGGGUUUCUCAGCUGCUUUCGUAGCUGUUGAUCGUCAAGACAGUGAAGAGAAUCUCGGUGGGAUUGACGAAGAGGAUAAUCUCUGAUCGUUGAAUGGGCUCGGGAAUUUUCUCGAGCCCCAGGAGAGGACCACACCUCCCCCGAGACAGUUCGAGCCACCGCCGAAUCGUCGGCCUAUUUUUCCUAGCUAUCCAAUCGUCAAAAAACCACACAGACUCGAUUUGCCUGGACGAUCUCGUCGUGGAAGGUAUAACGGUGCAUCAGCAACCAUGAUUGGCGAUAAUUAUCGGCCUCGUUACAAGCGAAAACGAAAUCGCUCGUACCUCAAUUAAUGACAAUUUAAUCAGUUUUUUUUUUCUUCGUGAAUGAUUGCAGGAUAAUAAUCAACAAUGAUCGUGCCAUGUAAGUUAAGUAGACGUAUAUUUGUGGAGAUAUUUUAGAACUACAAUAAUCGUCGCGAUUUAUUGAUAAUGAUUAUCAUGAUUAACGUGAGACUAAAGUGAAGAAAUAAAUUUAAUCACUGCCUCAAGCACGUUGAUCACUCAAAAUUCUGUAUUAAGGAAAAUUCAAUUGUGAACUGUAUUUCGUUCGGGGUUUAAAAAUUUUUAAGGGUAUAUAAGUAUUUACAAAAUAGCGAAGGAUUUCAAAAUAAUCAAUUGCAAUUAUUGCAAUGUUACUUUACUCUACUUGACUUCUGAAACUAUUCGACAUUGGAGUACAGAUGAUUAGUCGAUAGGAUUGAUAGAAAUUAUUGUGAACGAAUAGCUCAAAGGGUUUGUUUCAAUGAUUAAAUGGUUAUUUUGAAGUGAUUUUCUUAAUGAGAUGUUUUAGAUAAAAUCAAAUGAAGAUUUUUUUGUAGAGAAUAUUGUGGACUGUUUUAUUAUGGAAAUAAAUCAGACAAUUAGUUUCGAUGAAUUCCUGUAAAAAAACCUCUCAAUAGAAGAAUGGAAAAACUAAAUUCUACUGAUUUUUGCUGUAAAGUGAUUGCAUUUAACAUUUUUUAUUUUAAAUAGUCGUGUAAUAGAAUUUAUAUUCAAUUCGCUGAGUCCUUAAUAUGCCUUAUCCGAGAGAAUCUCUGUAUUCACAAAAUAAACUAUCAACCCAAUUUGCGCAUCUACACUACUUCACUGAUAAAUUAAAAUUCGUGAACAACAUCUCAACUUAAUUUUUACUUCGACAAAUCUCAAGUGUUUGGUAGUAUGUAAUUGUAAAUAGAUAGACAAAAAAUGUAGAUUACUAGAUAAUUGUCAUCGUGAUGUUUUAUAAUGUUCAACGUUCAUCAUAAGAUCAAUGAUAAAAAUAAAAUUUCGAAUCACUUCAAAUAAUUAUGUAGAAUUAAUUGGCGCAUGUUUGUAGAGUAGUAGCUAAUCGAGGCUAUUCAGGAUAAUAAAAUUACAAAGCAAAUGUAUACAAAUUAAAUGUAAUGUCGGACUUGUUCCGACCCCCCUUCAUCGUCUCUAGUAACUAUUUUGUAGAAAAGGAAAUAUACAAAUGAUUGAGAAAACAAAAUAGUGAUCGUUUUCUUUUUUUUAUUCAUCCCCAGUUGAUUAUACAUAAUUUUUCUCUUUUUAAUGUUAAAAAAAAGGUUUUUUUGAUGGAUUAUUACGCUACGAUAUGGAGACGUUACUUUUACAGACUUAUCACAGGGUAAAAACAGUCGUAGUGACGACCAAUAUAUCAAUAAUUGAAUGGACAAUAAAGGAGAAAGCACUUUUUAAAUAAAAAAAAA